ACGUGACCAUCUAACUUAUACUACUACUACACCUAUUACUCGCUGUAUAGGACAAUCGCGCUCUGUCUUGUCAGCCUCUUAGUCUCACUCAACCUCUGUCAAAAUGAAGAUCAUCGCCGGGAGCGUCAUCAGCUUGAUUUGGGCAGCCCUCUUGUCCGCGUGGACCGCUCAGGCUCUCCAUUUCUAUCUUGAGUCGAACGAGCAGCGCUGCUUCCUGGAGGAGCUACCGUCCGACACGGUCGUGGAAGGCCAUUACAGAGCCCUAGAAUGGGUGGAAGAGAACAAGUCAUGGGAGCAGAGCAAGGAGAUGGGAAUCCAGGUCGUUGUCGAAGAAGUGGCAUCUGGCGAGGUCGUUGCGAACGUCCACGGUAAGCCCGAGGGCAAGUUCACCUUCACUUCGCACGAGCCUGGUGACCACUCGAUUUGCUUGCAAUCCAAUUCGAGCUCGGGGUACUUUUCCAGUACACACAUCAAGCUCUACCUUGAUAUUGCCGUCGGAACCACUCGACGGGAUCCUUCGCACGACACCGGACAUAUCCAGACCCUCGCAUCCAAGUUACAAGACCUGAACGACCGCGUCUCGGCCGUUCGAAGGGAGCAACAAUACCAGCGAGAGAUUGAAGCUACAUUUAGAGAUGCUAGUGAGAGGGUCAAUGGGCGAGCAGUUUGGUGGAGCGUGUGGCAAAUCGUGGUCUUGAUUGGUGUAGCGGUGGCCGAGAUGAGAUAUCUCAAGCACUACUUUGCAGACAAGAAGCUGCGAUAA